CGCGACGGUUUCACUUACGUCAAAACAAUUUACGACGUUGCCCGCGGCUGUGGUUGCUGUGGAGAGGCUUUCGGUGUCCCGUCGCUGCGCCCGUUUGCCGCCCCGCCGAGCCCCGGUCCCACCAGCGGGUGAGAGCGGCGCAGGGAAAUCGCCUGUUUCUCAGGGGGUUACUGUACGUCCGGCAAAUUCUACUUUUCUAGUCAUGGAGGCAGAACAGAUUAUGGAGGGGCAGGCACAGGUUCCAGAAAAUCCCCAUUCUGAAUACGGUCUCACUGAAAAUGUAGAGAGGAUAGUAGAAAAUGAAAAAAUAAGUGCAGAGAAAACAUCAAAGCAGAAGGUGGAUCUUCAGUCGUUACCCACACGUGCCUACUUGGAUCAGACAGUUGUACCUAUCUUGCUACAGGGACUUGCUGUUCUUGCAAAAGAGAGACCACCAAAUCCUAUUGAAUUUCUAGCAGCAUAUCUUUUAAAAAACAAGUCACAAUUUGAGGACCGAAAUUAACUCCAUAAACAUGAGGACAGUUUGGCUGCUAGACUGAAAUGACCCUUUGCCGCAAUUUGUUUUCUGCUGUAAAAAUCCUUUGGAAUCACGAUGUUGUCUUUCUUAAUGGCACAGUUUGCUUUGCCUUUUGAGUUAUUUAAUAAAGACUACUUUACAUUUAA